UAAAUUUAACACGGCGACUGCUAAAUUUGUAGUUUUAAAUCAUGAUAAACAUAUAAGUUUACCUCUAUUAUUGGUGCAAAUAAAAUGUUUUAAUUAUUUUGUCGCAAAUGAAAUAUGGUUUGUGGCGCAAAUGAAAGAUUAUUUUGGCGCAAAAUCAAAGCACCGUUCAAAAUAAGAUAAGGUGCACACAUUCCAGACAUUCUACGAUAAAACAUAUUUAUAAAUAAAUAAGUUAGAAUGCAAUAGAGGGAUCCUCUCCUCGAGUCACACGAAAAACAAUUAAAAAAAAUAAAAUAAUGUCCUGAUCAACGUUAGUGAAAACAUUCAAGGUGUAUAUAUAUAUGUAUUUGCUAAAACAAAAGUGGUUAAUGAUGAUAAGAACUUUGCACGCACACAAAACUGGACUCAAAUGACAUAUAAGUUAACAUAACUUUUACUUUUAAUAAUAUCGAAAGAAACAUAUCCGUGUUUCAUGAUGACGUAGUACAUUCUACAUAUUGUAUACUUUUCUACUUAAGUAGAACACUAUAGAAUAACACUAGCCUGUAGAUUAUUGUUUAUUCAUUCUGUUUUUAUGUUUUCAAACUUUCAUAAAAUCACUAUCGUAUGCACUUAUGAACAAAAAUUCAUCAAAGAUACCAGGCUCUAAUUGUUUUUUUUUUUAAAAAUUAUGCCUAACUUGAAAAACGACCCAAAUGAGACAGCGUUCCAAUAUGAGAAAAUGGUCCAUUAAUAAACAUUAGACGUCUGUCUAUAUGAUUUGUUCAGUUCAUAAGUGUACUACAUAAACGAAAGAAAUGGAACAGAAAGACUGAAUUGUGUUUAUACAUGACACAAAAAUCCUAUACACAUUUGAGAAAACCGAAACCAUUUAUCAGUUAGAGCAAAUACUGAUCGACCCAGAAGUCAGAGAAAUGUGUCUUAGUAGGGUGACAUGUCUUCUUGAAGACUGUUUAUGUCUGAACUUGCACAUUAAAAACCAUCCUCAACGUUUCAGUGAAGUGCACAGCAAGAUUUAUAUUAAUAUUAUAUGCACGCAAUAUUUGCCACUGAACGUAAACGACAAUCCAACUUCAGCAUCACCUUUUAACAGAAUGUCUACAAAACAAUAGAAAAUACCUCCUUAUAAGGAAAUAGACACUGCCUUUCAACACUAAAUUAACCUGAACAGCAAUAAUCAAACAAAAAUGGGAAAACAAUCAAAUCAGAGCUUAUCAAAAAAAUCGUUAAACGCCUUUAGUUUGCGUUUCUGUGCACUGAGGCGACUUAAAUGUUUUCAUGUGUUAUCAAGUAUUUUCUUUACAAUAGAGGUAGAUAACCGUUGAUAAAAUGAUAAUCCAAAAUGUCUUACAUUUAAUAAAAAAAUAUGUAAUACAUCAUUCAAUUUAUAAAUAUUUUUUUUAAAGUAAAAUGGAAAAAAAAACAAAAAAAAAAAAAAACCAAACACAAUGACUACACCACAUAUUAUGAGAGAUACUAUACGGUGGUUGGCUAACAAUAAAAAAUUGAAGACGCUACUCUUCUUCCCCCAAGAUUGCGUCACUUGCUUAGUCACCUCUAGCUAAGUGGAAUUGAAAAAAAGACACAGAAAUACGUACAGUAAAACUCAGUUUAUAAGAAGUCCAAGUCCGAUGUUAGAACUGGUAACAGAAGAAACUAAGUAAAAUGACAAUGAUCAUCAUAAAUUAACAAACGACGACUAGUAGUCCGACCCUCAAUAAAACUGAUUGAAAGAUUAUGUUUUUAUCAUAUUAACAUGUUACCUACUAUUAACAAAAAACUUAAUGCAAAAAAUCAUAACACUAUGUUUCCGCGAAGGGCCAAAAAUAUGUACACCACAACACAUUCACAAAUUAAGCGAAAUGCGGUGUACUACUGAACAUAUUUUGAACAAGAUAUCUUUCAAAAAUUAUGUAGUUAAGAAAAACAGAAACCUAUUUUUAUUCUAUUUGGUAUCAUUUUUCUGAGUUGUCUAAAUGUACUUUUACUUUCGUUUCUCAGUAUGUCAAAAUAGUUAGUCAGAAUUAAAAUAUACGUAAUAUAUACGUAAAAAUCAUUAUUACCUGAUUCGCAGUUAACUAGGAAGGAUAUUCUUGUGCAAGAAUUCAGGUUAAUAUAACUCAUUUAAAUUGUUUAGUUUCAUUAAAUAGUAUAGCAGCGCGGACCUGACAGGAAGCAUUUGUGUUAUUUAAAGGCAUAAAAGAUGACAUGGUACCAUAAGAUGUAGAUUUGAAAAUGUUAAUAGACAUCGAUCAGAAUAACGUUGAAAGACUGUAAAACGUAAUACCUAAUCAGUGUUGGACUACUAAUGGUUGAGGAAAACGAAAAAUAUGUUUCAUCAAAAGUUUAGUGACAUUUCUAGUCUAGUUUUAAACAGGGAAUCGUUCUUUAAGACCACACUUUUCCUUUGUUAGAAGUUUAACAGAGGUCCGAAGUAAGGUUUAAUCUUAAUCUUAUAAUCAAGGAUUUAACGAGGGUUACAUUUUACCACAGGAUGAACAACAGUAAAAAACCUACGGUUAUAUGUUAACCAAGGGUAAUGGUAUCUAAUCUCUGUUGUCAUUUAACCAAGAAAUGAACAACCGGAUCCAGGUGUCAAAAUGAUGUAGAAAAAACAGAACUAUAACAUUACAAUCAUAUAGGUUAAGCUAAAGAAGACUAAACAUAGCCAUGAUAGCGUAAAGACCCGAUACAGAAUUAGUGUUCUGCAACUAUUUAACAAUUAAAACAUCAUGUUAAAUUUAAAACAGUGAUUUUCUAUAAAGAGCCAAAAUCUGACAUAUCAAAAUAUCUAUACAUUAAAAAAUUCUAAUUAACGGAAAGUAUUGAAAAUGUGGCAAUACAAUAUUUUUCUAUUUUUAUUUUAAACACAUUACAAAUUACAUUUACUUAAAUCUAAAAAAAAAAUGCACUUUUGCUUUCGUAUACAUUUAUAAACGAUAUCAAGAUUUCCUGAUAGAUUGUUAAUAUAAUUCAAAUUUCAAUAUUGUUAACUUUAAAAUAUGAAAAUAAGGGAGAAGGAUUCAGAUAGGUUUUGGGUGUUUCCGAACCCCUCGUUGUCUAUUGUAAAAUUGAAAUUUGCGCACUUUCCAAAAAAAGUUGUUUAAACUAAUAAUACUGUUCCUUGCAGUAUGACAUGUCAGAAACAAGAACUCGUAAAAGUAACAUUCUGCUCAAGACAAUAUCGUUGAUCGUUAGUAAAAUGACCCUUUACCAUUGUGUUAAAAUACGAAAUCUUUCAAUGUGUGCUCUGAGCCAGUAUGCAAUCCUUUAUAAAUUAUGUAGCGUGACCACAUUUUCUGAAAAGAUCUGCUACGAUACUGUUACACCUGUCCUUACCUUUGGUUUUAAAUAGCUUUUUAUGGAAUGUUUUUGUUUAUAAAAGUACAUUCAAUUUGUGUAUUGAUUUAACACAUUGUCUGAAAUUUUCUGCUAUAUCAUAUCAUUUACGGAAUCCUCAUUCAGAAAAUUAAAUUCACCGUUGACCCAAUUGUGUAUUUUCUGAAAUUUAAUUCAAUAGAAAGUGAAACUACAACUUGAUAAAUUUCCUGGGAGAUUUAAUCGGGGUUUUAAACUUGUCAAAUUUCCAAGUUUAUUUUUAGAAAUUUAACAGUACGGUUAGCAAUUUGGGGUAUAUAAGAAAACAUUUUAUUUAAACAUUUAAUAUGCAGUGUGGUUUGAUAUGGAUUACAUAACAAAGACCAGCUCUAAGAAUAAAGAAGAUAACAUGGGAAACUAUAUGAGUAUACACAUGUACGAGCCAGUUGUUGAAAGUGAUAUUCCAUCCCUCGGCCACACGUUGGUUUGUGAAACACCAGGAAGUGAUAUGCAACCAUCCAUGGAGAAUACUACUGACAAUAUCUUAGAACAGUUGCCAAAAGUUAGUGGAAACACUUCUAAGAAAAGCGAUUGGAACUCUGGAUGCAAAGAGAGGAAUGAUGUCUCCGCUAGCCUCAUGCAGAUGAAGUGCUUGGAUGAACAAAAUAUGCCGUACCUAGAAAAAGAUGUAGGAGUACAUCAGGGAGAGAUCAAAUUUGAUCCAAUCGCAAUCAAAGUUUGUUUUCUCAACGAAAUACUUUCUUAUCCCGAACACAGAGUCGGAUGCCAGAAAGGAUUACUUCUACAGAACCACCAAGCUGUUGACAACUAUAGAAAAAACAUUCAAGAUAAGCAACAGCAAUCCAAUAUUUCGGAAAAAGAAGCGAUAAGAAAGCGAGUAGAGCAGAGUAGAGUGCGAAAGAUAAUUGACUUAGAUGAUGACAUGGAUGAUCCAUUGAAGACAUCGUGUAAUACUGAAAGAAAUUUUCAAGCUUCAAGCGGCACACACCACAAUAAUGAGUUGGAAAGAUUAGAUAAGAUGCCAUGUGGCGUUGCCUACAGAAUGAAAUAUUAAAUAUUAAU